CCAAAUUAUAUAAUUUCUUAUUAAUAAUGUGUGGUAUUUUCGCCGUAUAUAACUACCAAGGUGAUAUCGAAGCCUACCGUCAACGUGCCUUGUAUCUCUCCAAGAAGAUCAGACAUCGUGGUCCCGAUUGGUCUGGUUGUUAUACCACCAAGAACCACAUCUUGUGUCAUGAGCGUCUUGCUAUUGUCGGUGUUGGUUCCGGUGCUCAACCCAUUGUCAGUGAUGAUGAAGACCUUAUCCUCAGUGUCAACGGUGAAAUUUAUAACCACAAGCAAUUAAGAAACGACUUGAAGGGUGAUUAUCACUUCAAGACCGAAUCUGAUUGUGAAGUCAUCAUGCACUUGUACAAGGAACAUGGUACCGAUCUCGUUAACCAUUUGGACGGGUUCUUCUCAUUUGUUCUUUUGGACAAGAAGAGAAACAGACUUAUUGCUGCUCGUGAUGCUAUUGGUAUCUCCACCCUUUACUACGGUUGGAACUCCAAGAUGCCCGAAGCCAUCUAUUUCGCCUCUGAAUUAAAGUCUCUUAACGAAGACUGUGACAAGAUCUUGGCCUUCCCUCCCGGUCAUUUCUAUGACUCUGAGACCAAGGAAACUGCUCGUUGGUUCAACCCUACCUGGUGGGAUGAGAGCAAGAUCCCUACUAACCCCAUUGAUUACACUCAAUUGAGAGAGUCUCUCGAAAAGGCUGUCCGUAAGAGAUUAAUGGCUGAGGUUCCCUAUGGUGUCUUAUUAUCCGGUGGUCUUGACUCUUCCUUGAUCGCUGCUAUCGCUGCUCGUGAAACUGAAAAGAUUGCUUCUGGUCUUAAGGGUUCCGAAAGUGGUGAUGAUAACUUUGAUGAGAGUGGCCCUGCUUUGUGGCCCAAGCUCCAUUCUUUCUCUGUCGGUCUUCCCGGUUCUCCCGAUUUGAUUGCUGCUCGUGAGGUUGCCAAGCACUUGAACACUGUUCAUCACGAAUAUACCUUUACCAUCCAAGAAGCUCUUGAUGCUGUCAGCGAUGUCAUCUAUCAUCUCGAAACCUAUGAUGUUACUACCAUUCGUGCUUCUACUCCCAUGUACCUCUUGACCAGAAAGAUCAAGGCUAUGGGUGUCAAGAUGGUCUUGUCUGGUGAAGGUGCUGAUGAGGUCUUUGGUGGUUAUCUCUACUUCCACAACGCUCCUAACAAGGAAGCUUUCCAUACCGAAACCGUCAGCCGUGUCAAGAACUUGCAUACAUCCGAUUGUCUUCGUGCCAACAAGUCUACCAUGGCCUGGGGUGUUGAGGCUCGUGUUCCUUUCCUUGAUAAGUCCUUCUUGGAGAUUGCUAUGAACAUUGAUCCUACCGAAAAGAUGCCCGAUAGAUCCAUUGGUAAGAUGGAAAAGUAUAUUGUGCGUAAGGCUUUCGAUACCUCAGAUGAUCCUUCCGCCAAACCUUAUUUACCCAAGGAAAUCCUCUGGCGUCAAAAGGAACAAUUCUCUGACGGUGUUGGUUACAGCUGGAUUGAUACCCUCAAGCAAGUCAGUGAAAACAAGAUCUCUGAUGACGACUUUGCUCAAGCUUCUUCCAAGUGGGCCAAGGAUGCUCCUACCACCAAGGAAGCUUAUAUGUACCGUGUCAUGUUUGAUCAAUGGUAUCCUCAAGAAGCAUGUGCUGCUUCCGUUGUCAGAUGGAUUCCCAGAGGUGAUUGGGGUUGUCCCGAAGAUCCUUCUGGUCGUGCACAAAACGUCCAUGAAGCUGCUUAUGAACCCAAGAAAUAGAUUUUUACAUAACUUACAUAAAAAAAACCCAUUGUAUCAUAGAUUUUUUUUUUUAUAACUAAUAAAUAUUAUUUAUUUAUGAAAAAAU